GUUUGCAAAGUACAUAAAACACUAUGUACUCUGCAUCAAUCGAAUGAUUCUGACGGUUGGAGCUCGGAGUGCGUCGGCGUUGCCCCAAACCGGCCAAUCAUGUCCCCAGCUCUGAUCUUAUCAAUCAAUCUCUCUUCCGUCACAUGCCGACGCCAUCCCGCAAUCACUUGAUCAGAGCAAAACGACCAGGGGACCUCCCCCACGUUUUAAUGAGCCGGGCCGCUCUUCUUUCAUCUCGUACUCCUCACCGACGGCAAUUGCCAUCAGAACCGUGAUACCGGUAGGCCGCCCGUGCUUCCAAAAGGGAACCUCUUUGAUCAGCCGCGAUGCCAGCUCCAAUUCAACUGUGUAAAUAGCUAACCACGUCAUAUAGGUGCAUAGAAUUCGAAGCUCUUCUGUUAUUCCAAUCGUCUCACCCACUUUCCAUCUCCUUGCACACCAUGAAGUUCCUUAGCGUCAUCACCGGCCUCACCGGCUGUGCUACCGCCGUUGAACUCACCGCUCCUCUAUUCGGUGACAUCGACGGCGGCUUCGCCUCUCGCAUUCCAACCAGCUACGAGUCCGCCGUUCUGGGCCGCCGCAUCCUAGCUUUGACAAAGCUCGGCACCCUGUCAUCGACUUUCCCCAAGUCCAAGUCUUCGUCGUCCAAUAGAGACGCUGACGCGACGUGGAAUCGACCCGAGGGCCUCGAUGGCCUGCCGAUUGGUCAGAUGGAAUACAUUGCUGAUUGCGAAGACCAAGGGCACCCGACAUUGCUGGCCAUCAAGAUUUCCACCAGCUACAGAAACGCCCAGGCGGGGUCCAACCUUACGCUGUCCGUGCAAUGGACUCCGCCAUACCCGCCCGCCAGGCGCAUUCCGCUGCUGUCUCGUCUGCUUUCAUAUUUCCCGUACAUCAGUGACAAGUACGAUGCAGCAGACGAUUCGUCGUCGUCGUCGUCGUCGUCGUCUCCCCCGGACACGGUGCCCUACUCUGCGGCCAAUCUGCCUCGAUUCUCGCUCAUUGGCUACCUGGAGCCCAUCAAUCCCGAUCUCAAAGAGUCUCUCCGGCUCGCCUACUGCUACACGUCCAAGCACCCCGACGCCAAGUACUGGCUGCCGGGCAACAAGAUUCACACCAGCGAAUGGGCCAGGCUGGUGGUCACACAGGUGUACUGGAUUGGCGGCUUCGGCGACCGUGCGUACAUUGGAUGGAUCCCCAUCGAGGAGUGGAACAAGGUAACCAAGGAGGAGUGGGAGCAGGUCCAGCUGCCCGGCGAGAAGAAGGGCUGGAGCGAGUGGAGCCUGGCCGAUGAGGCUGAUGAGCUUUGAGGCGGAUGAGCUUUGAAUGGUUUGGUUCGAUUUGAUUUGAUUCGAUUUGAUUUGCGUGACCUGUUUAUUAUGGCGAAGAGAUGACAAGCGCUCCAAAUUUGUAUGACCAGUGUAACCGACGAUGUGAUGUGGCGAUAUAUUAGUCUAGCUGUGCCAAACGAUGCUACGUUUUACAGUUUCAUGUUUACUUUUCUUUUUUCUUUUUUUUUUUUUUU